AUGUCAUCAACUAAUGAUACUCAUCAACAUCUAUUUGUUCAAUCGCAACUGAAAGGUAUAUUGAAAAAAUCGCCAUCACCAAGAUUUCUCGAUUCAUCAAUAAGUUUCGAAAACGAUCAAUAUCCUAAUGUAAUUCCAUCGACGCCAUAUGAAAACGAAAAAAAAGAUGACAUUGACGAGAUUACACCCAACAAUAAUAAUAGUAAUCAUAUGAGCGUACUGACCGAUAAUCGAUCUGUUAAGAAGGAUAAUUCAAACUUAUCUCCUAUCGAACUACCAUUACCAAUGACGACAUCCAAUGAAAACUCUUGCCAAUAUAAAAUCGAUACUCGAUUGAUUGAAACGAAUCCACCGGUUAAAUCAUCACGGUCAUCAUCGCCAUCAUUACAUUCAUCUGAUGGUGAACACGAGCAUCAGCAGCCACAACAACGCAUUCGAACUAAGUCCAAGAAAAAUUACUAUCGACCAUUUGUCAUCGAUGGUGCAGUGUCUUCAUCGGCUUCAUCUAGCGAUAAUAAUGAUGAAAGAAAAGCUAAACGAACUCUGAUAGAAUCUAAAACAGCGUUAUUACAGUCCAACAAAUCUCGACAGAAAGAUAUGCAGCUCGACGAGUUCAUGCGCAAGUAUCAACAACGGGGCGGUAUUCAUAUACCGAUAAUUAACGAAUAUCAUAUUCACGAGCAAGAACUGAUAAAUCAUAAUAAUGGAAUCAACAAUCAUGAUUUCCAUUUUGCAAAACAACAAAAUCCCUAUGUUAAUAAAAGAUUAACUAUGGAUGAUACAAUAAGUUUAUUAGAAUCCGUCGAUAAUAUGACUUCAUCAUUGAAAAUGUUUUCACCAUUACAAUUAUUAUUUGAUGUUGCUCGUACCAAUGACUUCGAUCGUCGAACGAAAAUCGAUCGUAUUCGUCAAUAUGUUGAAGAACAAAUUGGUAUAACAGCUUUUUUAACAAUAUAUAAAUUACUUAAAUCAUCUCAAAUACCAAUCGAUAUACAACGAAAACCAUUUUGUUACUAUGCAAAUUUUAUUCCUCAUCUAUGUUGUUUAAUUAUGCUGGAAAGUGAACAACAACAAAAUCGUUGA